AUGGAGAGCCGCCCAGAGGCUUUGCAGAACGGCCGAGGACCGUCUCGGUCCAGACAGCUGCGUAUUAACUCCCACAUCGCCUCGCCCGAUGACAAACGGCCUUGCCUGCCGAGACACCAUUUCGCUCAGGCCAUCGCCAUCUUGAACACGCACGGCUGCAACAUCUUCGACCACUUCUCUCGAAAGGACUACCAAAGGAUGCUGGAUUUGAUGCGAGACAUCAUUUUGGCGACUGAUCUUGCUCACCACUUGAGAAUCUUCAAAGACCUGCAGAAAAUGGCAGAAGUGGGCUACGACCCCAAAAACAAGAACCACCACAGCCUCCUGCUGUGCCUUCUCAUGACCUCCUGUGACCUCUCAGACCAGACAAAAGGCUGGAAAACCACCCGCAAGAUAGCUGAAUUGAUCUACAAGGAAUUCUUCUCCCAAGGAGAUCUGGAAAAAGCCAUGGGGAACGGCCCGAUGGAGAUGAUGGACCGAGGAAAAGCCUACAUCCAGGAGCUCCAGAUCAGCUUCAUGGAGCAUAUUGCCAUGCCUUACUACAAAGUUCUCCGGGACCUCUUCCCCAAAUCCUGACCGAGGCUGUGCAGAGAGAGGUGGCCAGCAACCCGGGAGCACUGGGCCAAAGUCUCGCACAAGUUCACCAUCCGAGGCCUCCCCAGCAACAAUUUGCUGGAACUGGACAGGGAAUACGACCUGCAGACGAUGGCGGAGAACGGGGCCAAGCUGAACGGGUGCCUGGACUGCGAAGAGGGGCACACGGAGGCCGUGGCGGAAUGA